AUGCCAUCGGUGGUUGCCAAGCAGGACACAGCGGCGACGGCGGCGGGUGGGAAGAAACAGACCGUCAUGGGCCGACUCAAGUCCAAGUUCACGAACCCCCUGGCCAAGAAAAAGGACGCAGCGCCCAACGAGGGCGACUUGCGUGGCAUGCAACCGCCGCAAUCUGAGCAGUGUAAUCAAGGCAGCACGCCACGGCUCGACUCGUCUACGGACGACGACUCGUCUACCAACAAGGACAACGACGAUGACGACGUUAACGUGGAGCAGCAUGACGACGACGAUGUCAACGCUGUCGACCACGGCGAGCCACGGGACGAUGACGUUCUGGAAGGUGCCACAUUAUCCGAGACUGUCCUGUCCAACAACGACCAGCCGUGCAACUUGGACAGCGCAGGAGAGGACCAAGACGACGAAUUGCUCGUGAGUGCGCCGGCUUUGGCGGACCUUAUCGUUGUCGGCAAGACACCAUCCAAACUCCAUGCCACGUCGUCGCCCAAGAAGCGCCAGUUUUCACCGACAGAUCAUGCCUCGUCGUUCGCCCCCGACACCCUUGUCUCGCCCCCGGAGACAAGACGGUCGUCCGAAACGUUGACUUCGUCACCAUCGAAGCGCACAAGCAUUCAACCCGUCACGGAACGCGCAGAGCCAAACGACCAAAACGACCGUCCUGACGCGCCUACGGCAAAACCGAGAAAAUCCCGCGUUGUGGCUACAUUCAACGAGGACGCCCCGAUCUUGGCGUCGGCGAAUGCCGUGGCAGCUGCAGACAACCUCGUGGACGAACGAUUGGGUUCGUCCGAUGCCGCCCCCGAAGCGACGUCGGUAUCCAAGCCAGACUCUGACUUUGACGCUGGCGCAGCAAUCACGUCUGUGUUUGGAGAGCGCGUGGCGCGACUCCUGGGCGCAGAUCCGUGGGGCGAUCGACAAGACGGUUUUGAUGCAAUAUCUCUGUUUGCGAAGAAGCUGGAUCCGACUGCACCGGGGGCGCCAACUCCUGUCGCGGUCCUCACAGCCUCCCUGGCUGCCAUCAACUGUGGGGUUGUCGACCGCGUUGCCCCAGUCAUGUACUGCUCGCUCGAAUGUCUUCAACAUGUCCUUGGAGUCCUAGCGCCGCUCAUAGCCAAGAACAAACGCCUUCUGCAGCACGCUCCUUUGGUGCUACAGCUCUCCGCCCUCCAAACGUCCUUGCUCGCCAAAUUGAGCGACUCGAACAAGCGCACCCAACGGGAGGCCAUCCAAGGCCUCGUGCGCCUGGCCAAAGCACCGCGACUGCAAACGAUGUCAUCGCUCGCAACCGCCUUUGACAACGAGCCCCUCGACAAAUCUCGACUAGAGCUGAUUCACGAGCUUGUUGCAGAGUUGGGGUAUGCCGACGUCCCGAUUGACAAAAUCCUGGCUUGGACAGUGCCGGCGCUAAAAAUCGCCGACGAAAAGACGCGUAAACUCGCGCUGGACAUUGCGGCAGCAGCCAUUUUGCAAGCCCCAGACCAACAAGCCGCCGUGGAAUCGCUUACUGGCAUCAAGCCCGCCAUGCUCAAAGUCUUGCAACGUCGGAUCGAAGAACUCAAAGCGAGCCAAGCCCCGUCAGCGAACCAAACCGAAUCCUCUUCAGGGGAUGGGAUGCCAGACGGAGACGAAGUGAUCGCGUUGUUUGACGUGCCUAAAGACGAUGACGCGAGCGUGACGACGCUGCUUGCGACGGUGAUGCGGGAGGCCGAGACGGUAGCCGGGCCCGUGGCGUGGCGAAAACUCGAAAGCAAAACGUGGAGCGAUCGAAAAGAAGCGCUUGUCGACAUUGAAAAGGUUGUCGACGACCACAAGUCAGAGCUGCGAGAUGUCAAGCCGGUGCUCGGGAGCCACACGCAGCAGCAGUACCUCGCGUACAACGGCUUGAUCUACCACUCGCUCAAUGACUCGAUCGCCCCGGUCGUGAACCAAGCAAUCGACUUUUACUCGACGUUGAUCAAGACCUACGGCGCGCACAUCGACUGGCGGGAUACCCCCAUCAAGGACUUGACCAUGCAAUCGAUCAUGCGGCUGCUCAGCGGCAUGCAAAAACCCAACAACCGGACGUCCAAAGGAAGCUGCCGCGCAAUCCUCAAGCUUGCCCGACUCAACACGCACACGAUGCAAUGCGUUGUCACGUGUGUGUUUGCCAAGGACGCCGAGCCGCUCGUCCAAAUGCAGGUCCUUCGCCUUCUCGUGCCCGAGUUUGGCCUCACGUCGGACCCCACGACCGACAUCCCUGGCGUCAACAUAAACUCAACGCUCGUGUUGAACGCCGUAGCGGCGGCUCUGGCUCACUCGAACGAGAAAGUUCGGAAAGCUGCGAUGGACGUCGCACUGUGUACCCAGCGGCUGAUUGGAAAGAUCCGCGUCCUGAAGCGCCUGAAAGACGUCAAGCCGGCAACCCUCAAGGAGCUCGAGAAAAACUUUGUCGAGGUCGAGCCCCCGACCGUAGACCGCCCCGCAACGGUGCAGCAGACGCCGACGGCGUUGGGCGCGGGACUGGGUGAAGUCACGGCAUCCCGUCGACUGCUGUCCAGCGCCCCCGUGGCCGGUGGGAAAUCCGUCGACGAUGACGGUGGUGCCAUGGACUGGACUCCGCGGGGAAACUCCAUGUUAAGUAAGGACGAAGAGAGCUUCAUGGACUCGAUAUUAGACGGCUAA